CCCAGUUGCCCCACGUCGCUUGUGCCUAAACGAGUGUGCCAAGUGUUCUUUCCUACUGGUGUCUCUGCUGCUCCGAGAAUCGUUGACGACUCACCUUGGCUUCGAGAAAAGCUUGUGCCUUCAGACACCAUCACCCGCCCCUGCCUCCUGCUGGGUAACUACGCUUAUAGAUGAACCCCAACAGCUUCAAGGGACCUCUCCCACUGACACUCAACAAUAACCGACUGGGGCUACUGUUCCUGCUUCUCACGGACUCUUAAAUGGAUAAAGACGACAACCCAGAGGAGUGCAAUGUGUGCGUCACUAACUACGACAGAGGUAAACGUCGGCCGCGCACUCUACCCUGCGGCCACACCUUCUGUUCCCUGUGCCUGGCCGACAUGAUCAAGAAGUCACACCUCUCCUGCCCCUCAUGCCGCGUCGAACACAAGGCCAAGUCACCCACCCAGUUCCCAAUCAGCUAUGCUAUGGAAGCUGUCAUACGGAAACUAAAAAUCUUGCAACUCACAGCAGCAUCAGCGCCCACACCUACUGAAGACCUGUUACUGCUGCAGGAGAAAGAAGAGAAUAUCAACAACCUCAUCAGCGGCCUUCAGAAGACACUGUCACAAAUGAAGAAGUACGAGUCUCAGCUCCUAGACUGGAAGUGCCAACAUGAAGACCUACAGGCGAAGAUCGACAUCCUAACGGAACAGAACAAAGCCGCGUUAAAACUGUUGGAGGGCGAGCUCAGUAUAUUGCUGUACCAACAGAAAAAAGGCGAGGAGGGAAUUAAGCGGCUACAGGCCAUGCAGGAGAGUCUGGUCUCGGCCAACACAUCGCACAAGACAGUCUCAGACCUCGACGACCAUGAUGGCUGCAACGUAAAGACAGAAGAAUGGAUCCAGAACUGUCAAAAAAUUUUCCCCGAUGUCAACACCGUCCACACCUCCGUCAAGGUGCGGGAGAACACCAAGAGGGCCUUGGAAAUGAUCACGGAGACCCCAGGAGAUGAUGGUACAGCCGUCUCCUUGGGGGACUCUACCUCUAUCAUGGAAAAGGUUAACCAACUAGCACCAAUAUUAAACGUUGAGAACCUACGAAGGCUUACUGACCCCAUGAAGGCCCUGCUGGAGUCGGGGAAGGUGGUCGCUAUAAAAGAGGACGGAGGCCGCCUCCGCUCUUCUAGAAUAUCUGUACAGCGGGGGAAGCUCCAUCUCCAUACUCUCCUGGACCAACCCACACCCGUCCAAGACAACACCCUGGAGCACGAUGCUCUGGCAGACCUAAUUCACCCCUCCUCCACGCUGGUAUUCCUGGACUUCGGAUGGGCCGGGUCAACCCGCGGGCGGGUCUACAUUCGUCUGAGGCCCGAAACAGGAUUGUCGAAGCAGUUCCGACUGGUGUGUAUGGGCCAACGUGGACCAACUUACGCCAACACGCGGGUGCUGGGAGUGUGGAAUAAAGGCACCGAGUUUGAGAUGGUAGGCGGCGGUGACUACGACUACAACGACGGACAGGGGGGGACACCAUUACUGCAGGGACUGACCAACCGUGUAGAGUACAGAAGACCAGCCAGGGCGGGCAUCGUCAGGGCACUGCAUGGCCCUGAGAGCAACAAGAGUGUUCAGUAUUGCAUCACAACCAGAGACUGCGUUAACAGGGACUGGUACUGGGCCUUCGGUCAUGUAGAGAGCGGCCUGGAUGUAGUACAGGCAGUAGCCAACCACAAGUGUAUCAAGGAGGUGACGGUGAUGGACUGUGGCAUUGUGUUGCCUCUGUAGCUGCCUGUCUCCUCCCUCAUGAUGUGAUACACUGCCGCCGUGCGUUCAACCUUCUCUCUAGCCUCCUGGUUCACAACAUUCUCAGUACAGGUAAAGGCUAGUAAGUGACAACCUUGCAUCAUACAUCUGAGUAACAAUGUCGUCUUACUGUCAACAGACUUUACACACCUAAGGCUCCUUAUAAUCUUUAAUGGUUUGUCUGGCUUUUUUCUCAUUCAGUUUAUGCCAUUCAUUUGAGCAAAAUUUUCUAUAACUUUAUUUACAAUUUCAUUUACUCAUACUUGGGACUAUUUUAAUACUUCCACUGGCAUUUACUAUCGUAAUUUUCUUUAUUUUAAUUCAGUGUUUAACUUUACUCUUAUUACAUUAAAUUUAUGCCAUUUUUAUUCGCUUAUAUUCAUUCCAUGUGCAGUACGGUAGGUUAUAUUGCACCUUCAC